AAUCAGCUGACAAACAAGUUUACUCUGUCUAUCUGACGAUAUAACUCUUUAUUAAAUUGUUUCGGCUCUUGUAAAACUCAUUAAAUGUGAAUCACAGUUGUGGAUAACUGUACCUCCCUUUUCUGAUACUGAUAACCUUAUCAGCCACUCCAGGCCGAAAAAAUGACAUAUAAUCAUGCACUGAAAUGCGCGUACAGGACCAGCUGCUGACUUUAGCGAAUCAACAGUCAAAUGAACAACACACGGAAUCCCGCAAGUGUCGAGGAACAGUGCUCCCUGCUGGCGGUGGACAGUUCCGGCAGCUCGGUAGCAGCUGCCUCCGGAUCCGAGGAGGAGUCGACUGUGUCCACUAGCGAAGCACGCCGGACCAAAAUCAAGCUGAGAAAGGUACAACGUCGCACUCGCAUGCCGUUGCCCAGGAUGCUGAGACGCCUCGGCUGCUACACGCUGAGUGCCUUCAUCAUCUUUGUGCUGCUCCUGGUCUACCUGCCACUCAUCUACUUGGAUGUGAACAAGCGUAGUGCUGGAUUGCCCGACUGGACUCUGGAGACCUCCCGCAGCAUCGACGACUACCUGAAUCCCGGGCACGAUACGGCUCUCAUUGCUCCAAAGGAUUUCUGCAAAAACAAGACCUUUCUGAUAAUCGCCGUGUGCACGGGAUUAGGUAACUUCAUUCAGAGGCAGACCAUUCGCGAAACCUGGGGCAACACCACUGAGUUUAACUACCCGGCCUUUGUGAAGCUCCACGGUCACCUGAAGGGUCACUACCUGCCGCCGCUUCCAGAGCGUCUGAAGCUGUACGGAGAUUACCUGCAGGGCGUGGGUGACUCAAUGACCGUCUCAGUGCGCAUUGUCUUCAUCGUGGGACGGCAGAGAAAUGAAGAGCUGGUGGGAAACGAAACCUCGGCGCGCAUUCACAGUGAGGCGGAGCAGUACAACGACAUCAUUCAGGAGAACUUUGUGGACAGCUACAACAACCUAACGCUUAAGUCCGUAAUGGCUCUAAAGCAAAUUAGCAUGAGCUGCUCCAACAGCUCAGCCUUUUUCCUCAAAUGCGACGAUGAUACCUUUGUAAAUGUGCCCAAUCUUCUGCACUUCCUUCUCGGAGGCACUAUACCGCUGUACAACGAUACACUGGAAUACCACGACCGAUCCAACUACAUGGUGACUGCACCACAGAACAGGUUAAAUGCUAGUAGCGGGGUGUUGUAUGGUCACCAGUUCUGCAACGUGGUGCCAGUCGACGAUGUGAGCAGCAAGUGGUAUAUGCCCUCGUACAUGUUUAAGCCUAAGGUGUAUCCCAAAUAUCUCUCCGGAGCGGGAUAUCUGAUGUCCAUCGAUGUGGUGCAGCGGUUGUUUGAGGCCUCGCGCAAUACGACACUGGUCUACCUGGAGGACUUGUACAUCACUGGGUUGUGUGCGCAAAGAGCCAAGAUCAGUCGCCACCACCACCCACUCAUUAGCUUCGCCCACUCUAAACAGCUGUGUGCCUUUAAGGGCAGCAUCACCCAGCACCAGAUGAAGGACGACAGCAUGGCAGACGCCUGGAACAAAGUGUCCGACUACUCCAUAAAGUGCCCAGCGCCAGGGCGCUUCUUUAGCCAAACGCGACUGCGCAAGCGGUCGAACUGUUAGGACUCAAGGUAUGUCCCUGAAUCCUGGUAUUUUCCGAUCCUCAUGUUCACUGGAGAGCUCCAAUUACUAGAGCUAUCUUGCUUCGGUAGAUAUCUUUUUAGUUCCUAAAAUUGUAUCUUGUAGACAACCUGCUUUCGAUAAGAUAACGAUUUCGAUGAAAAAGUAAUCAGUUGACAUGAUUACUUGGCAAACGUGAAUUAUAACCACUCAUAUUGUAUAUUAGUAAUAACGUCAAGCCAACUUUAUGAUACUUUAAUUUGUAUUUCAAAGAACUUUUAAAAUAUUGUUGUUGUUCUUGAAAAAUAUAUUUUUUAGAGAUUUUCUUUUUACUUUUCCAAAGUUAAACUUGUUACCCUUUCAUUCUGUUUUAAACGUAAAUUUAAAAAUACAACAAACUUUUGCCUAAUUAACAUGAUAAUAAUAAUUUUAUAUUUUUCAUUUCUAAACGCAUAAUACCAAUAUUUUAUAAUUUUUAGAAUAAAGAGGAAGGCGUUGUUUCAUUCACCUGGCUUUUAUAGUUGACCAGUUCAUAGUAUACCUCGAAAUUCUUAACUAGUCUUUUUUAAAAGAACAAAAAGUUUCUUUCAGUGUUAAUAUAAAUAAUUAUGUACGUCAGAAGUAUUGAAAUUUCUCAAUGUAAAGCACCCCCAAUCUCCAUAUCAAUGUUAAAAAUAAAGCACAAGCGAGAUAUCAGAUAUAUCUACAAA